AUGCAAUUCUCCAAAUUCUCGCAGCUUUUGGCCCUAAUGGCCGUCAUUGCCCCGGUUUUGGCCACUCCAUUGGACCCGGGCAGCCCCGUCAGCGUUUUCGAUUACUCAAGCCCUCCAGCUUCACCGGAUCGCAGGGAAUACGGGCAUAAAUAUAAUAACGGGCGCCCGAGGGUCUAUGCCCGUUUGGACCCGGGGAGCCCCGUCAGCGUUUUCGAUUUCCCAAGCCCUCCAGCUUCACCGGAUCGCAGGGAACACGGGCAUAAGUAUAAUACCGGGCGCCCGAAGGUUCAUUUCCGUGCUUAA